AUGAGUGAACCCACCAAUUCGACAACCGAUCCCUUUGCUUCCGGUACAUCCGAUGCCCACGGAUCGCUAUACAAGGCCAUUGGUCUCUCGCUUGCCAUUGGAAGCAGUCUAUUUAUCGGCAGCAGUUUUGUAUUCAAGAAAAAGGGGUUAUUACAAUCCAUGGGAAGAACAGGACGCAGCGCUGGAGAGGGCUAUGGAUAUCUGAAAAAUGUCAUGUGGUGGGCUGGCAUGAUUCUGAUGAUUGUCGGCGAGCUUUGCAAUUUCGUGGCAUAUUCAUUUGCACCGGCUAUUCUUGUAACUCCUUUAGGUGCGUUGAGUGUAGUCAUCAGUGCAGUACUGUCAUCCUUUUUCCUCAGGGAACGUCUCAAUUUUCAAGGCAAAGUUGGCUGUGUACAAUGCAUUUUGGGCGCAGUGGUUAUUGUGUUACAUGCACCUGAAGAAGGCACAACGGAUACAACAAUCGAGAAUUUCAAGCGUUUGAUGCUAUCAGUGGGAUUCCUUGUUUAUGCAGGCAUUGCAGUGGUCGUAUCCCUGGUACUAGUGUUUUACUGCGGACCUAGAUGGGGCAAAACCAACAUGCUCGUUUACAUUGGCGUAUGUUCAUGGAUCGGUUCCCUAUCAGUCGUCUUUACACAAGGUCUCGGUUCAGCCAUUGUGCAUUCAUUCACGAUCGAAAAUCAAUUCACCAAUUGGUUCAUUUAUCUUGUCCUCGCUCUCACAGUGGUGACAUUGGUGCUUGAAAUUGUAUAUCUCAACAAGGCACUUAAUAUUUUCAAUACGGCUGUCGUUACACCCACCUAUUACGUGCUCUUUACCACACUCACCAUUGUAAGCGCUACGGUCCUCUAUCGCGGCUUUGAUGCAUCAGGCGUUGAUAUCACCACUUGCGUAUUUGGCUUCUUGGUGAUUUGUUCGGGUGUUGCAUUACUCCAUUACUCACGAAGCGGCAACGACUUGGAUGAUGGUGCUAGCAGCAUUGAUAGCCGACGUAAGAGUUUGCUUCAUACAUUUAUGAGCGAAAAGGUGUCAUAUGAAGAUCGCCACAGCAUGGAUCAGGUGCAUGAGAUAAGGAGCUUUCACGAUGACGAGGAAAAUCACAUGAAUCCUUUCAGGACACCGGAUACAUUGACUGUGAAUGAAAAAGAACAUGCGGCAGUGCAUUCGACAUCAUUGGAGACGAUUGAUAUCCAACCCAUUGACCCUCCUCCAUCAGCUAAAGGCCAUAGGGCACAGGAUGCUAUGGAUCCUCUCAGCGCAUUUCGUAUGGGAUUACAUCGUGAUAACGAUGAAGACAACAAAGGAUUUGUUGCAAGUAAUAGUAGCCAUUCUCCUCAUUGA